AUGCCUGAGCAGGCUGUCGGUCAGCAAGGCUUUGCAAAGGACACGGGAAGGCUGGGUUACGGGGCGGGAAAGGAGCUCUGCAAACUGCACGGCCGGGAAACGUGUGUUAAGUGGGAAGAGGCACGUCGGGAGCUACAGGUCGAUAAAAAAGAUUCUUUAAAACCGUGCCCAGAUGCCCAGGUAGCUGUGGGAGAAAGCCCAACAGCUCAGACUGUGACGCUCCGCGGCUUUCGUUCCCUCGUGACGUCAGAGGACACCUGCCACCGGUCCACCUGGGCGUCCGGCUUGCGGACCACCCUCCUUUCGUGGCCGCUGCACAGCCUCGGACGCGGCGGGGCGUUGCUCCAGGAAGAAACGAGAGACGGGGCCACGGGGUGGGGGGAGUGGGAGGAAACCGCAGCCUCCUCGCCUGGAUCCCACGCGGCUGGUCGCGGGGCCUCAGGCCGGAGCCCGUCCGCCAGCCCGCAUCCCUCCAGGAGGACCUUCUCUCCCGCCUCCAGGGCCGCGACCCAGGGCGACCUCACAGGACACACUACCGGUGCCUGCAGGGAGUGCGCGUCCUUUCUCGACGCUGCAAACUCUUGGGGGGAAGAGUCAGAAGCAGUCGUUCUGGUUAGUGACAGGUACGCGACGCUCUACGAACUACGCGCCCUCGAUUCUUACAACAGCAUCCUCACGUACCUAUGCGUAACCAGGAGUACAGCCACGCGAGACCACGAUUUACCUGUCGGACACAUCAUCUCCCAAGGCCUGCAGGGCACCGCAAAGAGGCAACUCGAGUUCUCCAGCACCCACUGCAGCAUCCUGUAG